AUGGCUUGGUCCACUUUUACUCUUCUCGCGUUUAUUCCAUGCCUCUUCGCAUCGGCACGUGGGGCGUGGACGCUGAAUCAGCCCGGUACGACUGGCGUUGGGGCGAUGCAAAUCGCAGUUGUCAGCUCGGACACUGUACUUAUCAUUGAUAAAAUUGAAAAUAACCCCCUCAAAGACGCGGAAGGGAAGCCCGCCUGGGCAUCUGUCUAUUCGCUCAAGAGUCACACUGCUCGGCCUCUCAAGCUCGUAACCAACAGUUUCUGUGCUGGCGGUGGAUGGCUCUCUAACGGUACUAUGGUCAACAUUGGGGGCAACCCCGUUGUCGAGUCCGGCGGAGGAAAGGCAGAAAAUGGAUUGCAAGGUGUUCGGCUCUACAACCCUUGUGCUGAAAACGAGAACUGCGAGAUUUUCGAGAGCCCUAACCGAAUCCGUUUGACCUCUGCUCGUUGGUACCCCUCCGGAGCUCGCUUGUCUGAUGGCUCACUUUUGAUCAUCGGUGGUGCAUACGGAGGCGGCUGGACAAACUUUAAGGAAUUGAAUAAUCCGACAUACGAGUUUUAUCCUCCAAAAAAUAUAAAUGGAUUCAACGGGUUGCAAAUCCCCAGUCAAUUCCUGGUCGACACCCUUCCACACAACCUUUUCCCACAUGUCUUUGCAUUGCCAAACAACCAAAUUUUCGUUGCUGCGAAUAACAAGACAAUGAUGCUCGAUUGGCAACGCAACGUUGAGACCCGCCUUCCGGAUCUUCCCAACGGUCAACGAAUUACGUAUCCGAUGAGUGGCGCUGGCGUGAUGCUCCCUCUUCGAUGGGAUAAAGCCUUUGCUGCGGAAAUCCUGAUGUGUGGCGGCUCGGAUACCGAUGACCGGGUGAAGGAUACCGACUUAAGCGCCAAGACCACUCCUGGGAGUUCACAGUGCUCGAGAAUGGUCCUCAACAACCGGGGUAUAAAGAAGUGGUUUAAUUUCGUACAUCAUCGCGGUUGGCAAGUCGAAAAGCUUCCAACACCAUGGAUGAUGCCCGAGGGUGUUUUGCUGCCAACUGGCCAGGUAUUGAUUAUCAACGGUGCAUCGACCGGAACCGCCGGAUAUGCAAACUUGAAGGACCAAGUUGGAGUUUCGAACGCAGACAACCCAGUUUUCCAGCCUGUCUUGUAUGACCCUGAUGCACCUGCCGGAAAGAGAUUCUCAAGGGAAGGUUUGCCGACUAGUAACAUCCCCAGAAUGUACCACUCCGUUGCCACGCUCCUUCCGAGCGGAGCUAUCUUCGUUGCUGGCUCGAACCCGAACGAGGAUGUAACAGAGAGGACUUACGGUACCGAGUAUAGGACUGAGAUUCUCUAUCCUGAUUACAUGUCUAAGCCGCGUCCGGUAAUCACCCGUGUCCCCGAUAACAUCGAAUACAAUCGCUUCAACAGGGUUAUCUUCAGCAUGCCUGGAGCCAAGCGAAGCCAUCGUCGCGGCAUCUUUGAUUUCUUUUUCAAGAAGGUUGAAGUAGUGUUGAUGGACUUUGGAUUUGCCACACACGGCGUGCAUAUGGAUCAACGCCUUGUGUCACUCGCUACUUUCACCUACGGAAAGCGACACCUCCAAUUCCAGGGACCCCCCAACCCUAAUGUCUAUCCUCCUGGGCCCGCCUGGCUCUUUGUCAUCGUUGACGGUGUUCCAUCUGAGGCUGUCAAGGUCAUGGUCGGCGAAGGGCGCUCCCCGCCAGUUGAUCUGGGCGCCAUUGAGAAUAUGCUGGCUAACACCGGGAACCCUGUCCCCAUCGAAGCUCUUCAGCACGCGUGA